AUGUCAAACAACCAAGCCCAAUACUUUCCUCGUAAGCCAUCAUCAAUAGCACAACCCGAUAUGGGCAUCACUGACAACCAAUCCCUAGCUCCUCCUCAAGAGCAGCAGAGCUAUUUCACUCCUCCAGCCUCACAUACCCCUCCGAACAACACGCAGCAUUAUCCACCUCCACCGGCUGCCGACCGACACCACAGCCUAGGAGGCGCAUCCUACUCACCAGCUCCCCAAUCUCAUCUGUCAUCACAACAGCACUUCGCUCCUCCACCAGAGACCAGUCGCUUCUCGUACACUGCUGCUCCACAACCUAUUCAGACCCAAUUCGUAUCUCCGCCGUCAUCACUUCCUCCACCUGCUGGCAACAUUGGUGCACACGAACACGAGGAAAGUCCCGUCUCGCCUCAGCAACAAGCCCUACCUUAUUAUCCUGGUCCUCCUCAAGAUGCUCAGCCCAUCGCCGAGAAAGCCAAAGAGCCCGCAAGACCACCCUUGAAUACUUCGAUGACGAGCAAUCUGCCUGGAGGUGCUCCUCCUCAGACACACUUCAUUGGAGCAGGCACAACCGUCGACGAUGUGGGCACUUUUAAUGGAGGAAGUUACAGAAUCAGCCACAGAGAUACAAACACUAUCCUCACCCUUCAACUUGCCAUGGGUUGUCCUCUAACCGUCAGACCGGGAGCCAUGAUUGCUAUGUCUGCGACCAUGUCUUUGCAAGGUGCGAUUAAGUUCUCCUUCAAGAAACUGGUCGCCGGUGGUCAUAUGGCCCAAUCUACCUAUACUGGACCUGGUGAACUCUUGCUCGCUCCGCCGUCUCUUGGUGAUAUCACCAACAUCAGACUUACAGGACAGGAGACUUGGAAUGUUGGCAAAGAUGCCUUCCUGGCUUGCACUCAGGGUGUUAUCAAGGAUUACAAAGCUCAAGGUCUGAGCAAAGCCAUGUUCUCGGGUGAAGGCUUCUUCGUUUACAAAGUGUCCGGCAUAGGCAUCUUGUGGAUCAGUAGCUUGGGAGCGAUCAUCCGAAAAGAUCUUCAAGAAGGUGAAAAGUACAUCAUCGACAACGGGCACCUGGUUGCGUGGAACGCCAAAUACGUGCUGGAACGUGUCGCGAGUGGCGGAAUAAUAUCCAAUCUAAGUGCCAGCGAGGGCUUGGUCUGCAAGUUCACAGGUCCAGGCACUGUCUUUAUGCAAACUCGCAACCCUGUGGAGUUUGCGACCUGGCUGUCAACUGAGGGCAGAGUAAAGGGAUAG